GCCACACAUCAGUUGCCCCACACACACGCCACACGGAAUACAGUUAGCUAGAGGCACGAUGCAGCGACAACAUCAACAACGGCAUCAACAACAGCAGCAACAGCAACAGUUAUCGAUGUGGCUGCAGCUGGCUUUGGGCCUGGGCCUGUGCCUCGCCUGGCUGGACUGUGCCGAGGGAUUCGGCCAGUUCCAUAUGAAACACUAUCAGCUGCAGCGCGGCUAUAACAAUCCCGAUGACUCGAGCGAGAAUGAUAAUAGCGUGUUGCGUUCGUAUCGCCGCUGCAUGUGGGAGCAAUCGAAGUUCCUGCCACGUCGCCUCGUCCUACUGAGUCUCUGCUCGAAUCUGUUUUGCGAGAACAAUCAGAUUAUGCCGCGUUCCAGGUCUAUUUUCGUAGUGGAAAAAAUGUCUAGACCAAACGACUGCCUGGACAUUCUGCCCGAACAGUGCGAACAGGGAGACGAGGAGGAUCUCAUGUACAAACCAUUCCCGGACUGUUGCCCCGUCUACUGCAACUUGAAGCGACGCAUGCAACGCCUGAGGACAAUGCACUUCCGGCAUCGUGUGCUCCGCAACAUGCAGGAUCCCAGCACGCCCUCCGAUGGCAACACGCUGCUCAGUGAGAUGGGCUACAACAACUACUAAACUCAACUCAAGUUGAGCUGCAUUCAAUUGAGAUUUGUUAACUUGGCCUAAACUCCAAUUAUAGAGUAGCACACACACAUUUAUAUAUAUAUGGGCUCAUAACCAACAGCCAACAAACUGA